AUGCGCGCAAAGGACCUGUAUAUCCGUAACAAGCUCUCAAUCUUUUGUGCCUAAAAAAUGCAGGACUUCUACCUUUCAGAAAUCUUUUUUCAUUAGAACCACUAGAAUCUGGAACCUGCUUAUUACUAGACUUGACCUAGAUAACGUUACUUCUGAGAACUUUAGAUCUGUUCCUUAUGGUUAUUACUCGCAGGCUCUAGCAAUAAACUAUGACCCAGACUCUCCAAGAAGCUUCAAAAGUAUUUGCCUGAAAUGUAACACAGCCAGGUUUUUAGACCAGGAAAUUAGCUGCUGCAUGUGAUUUAAAUUGCUACUCAUAUCUUUUUAUUUUUUGUGUCCGCAGUAAUUGGAUUUAGCUGUUGCGGUGUCCCUGCCCUAAUAUUUAAGCUAUUAUUAGUGUAUUGUUACGUUCUUAUUACUAGUGUUUGCAUAUCUACAGUGUUUUUUUUUCGUUUUUUUUUUAUUCUUCAAGGCAAAGCUAAUAAAAUAAAAUAAAAAUAAAUUUCUUGGGCACCUGUGAAUGCUAAAACUGAAGACGACGAUUCUACCGUCAGAAGAACCACCCGACAAAGCCAAAAAUGAAGAACGUUAUGCGGAACUUAUACAGUUUUUAGACAACAAAGGCCUCUCAUUAGUAAUGAGGGAUGCUGCCGAUGACAGUAGGAAGGCUCUGAAGAUCUUGCGAGCGCAUUAUGCCAGCCAAAGUAACCCGCGAAUAAUAACGCUCUACACCGAGUUGACAUCGCUUGAGAUGGGAACAAACGAGACAGUUACAGGGUACUUGAUUAGGACUGAAAAGGCAAUCAUGGCUCUCAGAAACGCCAAGGAA